UACCCUUUCCCUUUCCCUCUUUUCCCCCCAAAUUUUUCCUCCACCCCCAAAAAACCCUAGUUUUCUCCCCUCCGAGCUCUCGCUCCCCCUCUCCCCAAUUCCCACCAUCCUCAUUUUUUCUGGCUAAUUCACCCUCGAAAAUCGCAAUUCAACUGAAAUCAUGGACGAUUCGGAGCAGAAUAAGCUGUUUGUCGGGGGCAUUUCGUGGGACACGACGGACGAUGCCCUCAAGGACCAUUUCGGCCAGUACGGCGCCGUUUUUGGAUCCGUGAUUGCUCGGGAUCGUAUUUCCGGUAACCCCAGGGGCUUCGCCUUCGUCACCUUCUCGGAUUCUUCCGCCGUCGACCGCGCUCUUCAGGAUUCCCAUCAAAUUCUUAGCAGAACGGUUGAAGUGAAGAGGGCUAUUCCCAGGAGCGAACAACAAAGUCAACAACAGAACUAUAGGGGAGUGAGUAGGAAUAACAGUAGGACUAACAAUAGGAGCGACGUGCAGUUUAGGACGAAAAAGAUUUUCGUAGGGGGUUUGUCGGCUAACUUGACUGAGGAAGAAUUCAGAAGAUACUUUGAGAAGUUUGGUAGGAUUACUGAUGUAGUUGUGAUGCAUGACAAUCUGACUCAUAGGCCGAGGGGAUUUGGUUUUAUUACCUUUGAUUCAGAGGAUUCGGUUGAGGAAGUUAUGCAGAAGAGCUUCCAUGAGUUGACUGGAAAGCUUGUCGAGGUUAAAAGAGCUGUUCCAAAGGAUGGAAUUGGCAGUAGUAACAUUGUUUAUAAUGGAAGGUUAGGCGAUGCAAGAAGCCCUACUAGCUUCAAUUCUUAUCAGCAGGGGAGUUACGUGCCUGUAAAUUCUAGAUAUGGGUAUUUCCCUGGAUAUGGUAAUGUGGCUGGGUACCUAUACGGAGCUGGGAUGUAUGGUGGUGUUUAUCCCUCUGGAGGGUAUGGUGGAAUUAGUUACGGACUCACUCCAAUUGCCCCAAGGAGUCCUUGGAAUUCAGCGAUGAUUGGUGUCAGGGGAGGUUUCCUGCCUUAUGGAAGUGCCGCUCCUGUCUAUCCCUCUUAUGUGAAUGGCGGACCUGGAGGAGUAUUGGGACUGUCUAUGAACGGAUAUGGUGGGAUAUUGGGUGGAGAUGCUCAACACUCGACUGAGUCAACACCCUCUCAGACUGGUAUAAAUAAUGUAGAUGCCAAUUCUUUUGGUUCCAGUAGAGGUUUCGGAGGUGCAGCUAGCAAACAGAGUCAUAGAGUUAGUGAUAGGUCUUACCAAGCUGCUAACUCAAGCUGACUGCUUGCCAUCUUCAUUGUGGAUAUUGACAUGUUAGAAAUUUCUCCCACUGACAGAGUUGGGUAUCAUUCUUCCAAUGUCCAUGCUUUAGAUCUCUUUCUAAUUCUUAUAAAGAUUUGGUGUGUUUUCUUGUUCUUAAUUUCAAAAAUUAAUGGAAUCUGGAUUCAGUUAUUGUAAUAUAAUUUUUUUAUAAAUUUAUUUUUUCCA